UCAAUUUUUUGUAAUAAGGAUAACCUCUCAUAUUCUAACUCAGGGGUCAAGCUCCAAAUAUUGAACUGCAAAAGGAGAAUGAAAAGUUGUGGGCUGAAAAUGAGGAGAUGAUCACUAAGCGAGAAGAAAUGCUGGAAGUAGAGAACUCAAAGUUGCACAAGAAGCCAACUGAACAAAUGGACCAGAAAAUGAAUAUCAUAAACCAGAAGUCAAAGUCGAUCACUACAGGAAAAAGGGCAAUCUCCUUGUUUCAAAGAAUGCGUUGAUAAACGCAUCUCGGCUAAAGAGAUUUUGCACCAUAAGGUUUAUCAGUGAGGAGGAAUCAGGAGUGUCUAUGUUACCAUGCAUACAGUUCAAACAUGAGAAGGAAUUCAGUGUUUGCUCGCAGUGUAGCAAGAAUGGUAACUCAAUAUCUUGGUGUCGGUCCCCUCCCCAUCCAGUUUUUACAAAUAGUAAUCUCUGUAAAUUUCCCUUCUCUGUUAAAAGACCUUCAAGCUACGCAACAGUGCUAGGAAGGACAAUUUUCUUGAGACACAGAAUUUUUUCGUGUGCAAAACUCAUCUUAAACGGUUCAAAGUGCUGCAAGCAGUGGUUCUUCAGUCAAUGAUGUUUCUUAAAUUAAGGAGAAAGGGAAGCUGACGGCAAGAACCACCGUUGAGGAACAACAAAUGAAGAGACAUAAAACUGCUGAUGACAUCAAACAAGAGGGAGGGGAGAAAUUCAUUGACUUAGAUAAGGGUGAAACGAGUUUUAAAUGUACAAGCCAGGAUAUGUCACCAAGAUUUGCUAUCAGGUUAAGAUCUGGGUCUGAUUCUGCUAGACUUAAGAAGAAAUUUUCCUUGGAAGAAAUAAGUUAGUAAAAAUUUGGAAAAAUUCAACUAAAAGGUCAAUCAAUUAUGUGGGAAAGAGGAAGCUGGAGCACAAAUUGGGGGCACCACGCUUGGUAGGAAGUUAUGCUGAUAAGAAGGGAAAUAGACUGAAAGGAAUCCGUCGGGCUGCAAGGAAUUUCUCUUAAACAGUUGAAGAAGUACAAGGCUGAUUGCGGCUUUUCUUUGCUUGGAUUGUGCUUUGACAACAUCAUCUCAUAACUUUUAAUUUUAUUCUCUGUAUCCUUGUUAUCUGUUUGCCUUUCAUAUAUUGGCUUCUUUGCGUUAUUUUAAUGAAAACAAAAUUAAUCAUCAAAUAAUACUUGGUAUUUGACUACUUGUUGCUCAGAGGAGCAAGCAUGUUGGCCUUGAUACAACAAAUAUGGGUUGGGCCGCAGGGAAGUUCUGUAAGAGAAGAAACAAAGCCCAAUUCUGACAGACCAGACCAGAUGUUGCACUUCACAUGCGGCUGUGUAGCAGACCCAAAUCCAGUGGGAAAGGCAAUUCGGGAAUUGGGCACUUGCGUCAUCACACAAAAGGGUGAAACUGUCGUUGACACAAGUUUUGGAGAUGAAGAACCGGUGGCUCAGUCUGACAAGUUCAUGAGGAUUUGAUGGGCACUGUGUCUCUGCUUUCUGGGGUCCAAUGGGUUUCAGGCUGAAUCUCAAGGGGGUUUGCCCAGUUCCUUCUCAUUUUCUUGCCAGUUCACCUUCGAGGCUCCCUUCUUCUGGUGUGCUUUCGUUAAAAGAUCCUCUGAAGGCAUAUGCUUCAUCCGCAGCUCCGCAAACAUUAGAAAAAGGUUGCUUGGAAAUUGAAGAAAUGAAGGUAAACAUUGGCAAGGGAUCACAGUCACACAGUCAUUCACUUACUAUGAUUGAUAAAACUCAUGAACUAAUUGGAGGGGACAAAUCUUCCUCUCGCACAAGCCCACAAGCAUGCAAGGCUUCACAUUAUAGUUUGCUAAUGGAGAAUCUCGACGUUUUAGAGGAGACAUUUGCUGAUUCAGAUGUGUUAACAUUGGAGAGGGAAAUUCUACUACAACUAGGAAGGCUUGGAGCUCUGAAAUUAUUCAACACAUGUCUCUCUAGGACUCUUAAAGCUUCAAAUAUUUUGGACCUAUCUGAUGUUCCUGCUAAUAGUGGAGAUUGUAAUAUGAAUCUCUCGGUGGAUGGUCAAAAGGAUAAAACUGUUGUUUGCUCUAGAAAAAAGAAACAACGCAAAAAGAUAAGAGAAAGGGCACUAGAAAACCCCACUAUAAUUUCUACCCAAUUGCUGCCAUCGAACACCCUGCAUGGACGCUUUCAAAAGCCCAAAGUUUCUUCUGCAAAAAGAGUGUCAGACUCUAGAAGUAGAAGAUUGAGAAUUGCUAGAAAUGAAGCAGAAAUGUCGAAGGGAGUGAAGGUGGUUGCAAACUUGGAGAGAAUUAGAACAACUUUAGAAGAGGAAACGGGUAGAGCGGCAAGCUUGAGUUGCUGGGCAGAAGCAGCCGGAGUUAGUGAGAAGGUGCUGCAACAGCAUUUGCGUUUUGGUUGGUAUUGCAGAGAUGAGCUUCUAAGGAGUACUCGCUCUUUAGUCCUCUACUUUGCAAGGAACUAUAGGGGUCUGGGAAUAGCCCAUGAAGAUUUAAUCCAGGCGGGAAGUUUAGGCGUCUUACAAGGUGCAGAACGGUUUGACCACACAAGGGGAUACAGAUUUUCUACCUAUGUACAGUUCUGGAUAAGAAAAUCAGUUUCAAGGAUAGUUACACGUCAUGCUAGAGGGAUUCAAGUUCCUUGCACGUUAAGCAGGGCAAUAGUUCAGAUACAGAAAGCUCGGAAGGCCCUUAGCAAAAGCCAUGGCAAAUACCCAGACGAGGAUGCAAUUGCCAAGUUCACGGGACUUUCUUUGGCUAAAAUCAGAUCAGCUAAUAAAUGCAUGAGAGUUGUGGGUUCAAUUGACCAGAAAAUUGGAGAUUGUAUGAAUGCAAAAUAUUUGGAAUUUAUCCCCGAUUUGUCAGUAAGGAGCCCAGAAAAAACUGUGAUGAGGCAGCACAUGAAGGAAGAUAUUCAUGAUCUUUUGAAUGGUUUGGAUGCAAGAGAGAGGCAAGUGAUGGUUUUACGUUAUGGGCUCAAGGGCUCUCCCCCUAAGUCUCUUGAGGAGAUCGGGAGGCUCUUUCAUGUGAGCAAAGAGUGGAUAAGAAGGAUAGAGAUGAAAGCAAUGAAAAAUUUGAGGGAUAAAGAAACGUGCAGAAAUUUAAGCCAUUAUUUGGAUUCAUAGCUGGGGUUACGGUUUGAAAUAGCUCUCAUGUUGGCUGUUUUUGGUGUUAGAGCCUGAGAACACACUUAAUUGCAUUCUCUAAAACUAUGAUAGAUGAGUAAGUUGUAAAGAGAUUUGCAAAAUGCAAAACAGAAGGAAAAUGUACAUUCAACCGUACAAGGUUCAAAAUCAACAUGGUAUUGUCUUGAAGUCUUCACACAGACACUGUGUGCA